CUCGCACUCAGGCCAUCCAGGAUUAAGAUGAGUUUGUUUUUUUCAUCAGAAUAGAUCUGGAGAAAUUUAGCAUUACAUCACUUGUUCACCAAUGGAUUGGGGCUGUGUAUCACCGAUACGUUUCUCUUUACAGAGGCCACGAUAUGUAUCACGAUGUGGGACUGCACUGAAUUUCACCUCAGCAGAAUUUAGUAAAACAACUGUUUAUUAAACACUGCAAACUAUAGAGCCAUUUCUAACUAUAGGCAGAGCAGGCAGUUGACCUCUGCGUUAUGAAGGGCCUCCAUAACUGUACCAUAGUAGGCUACAAUAUAAGUAAUGGCAUAUGUUUCAUGUUUACAUUGGGCACUCUCCUCCAGGUACAAUAUUCUGAUUGUUUGCAUCUUGUUUUUAGGCCCAUAAAUAAUAAUGUACUCGUUCUAAAAAACUUAUAUUGUAAUGUUCCUAUUCUAAUAUAUUAAAAAAUCAUCUUUACAUUGCUGGUAGGUUAUUAUUGCACAAAUUAACACUCUCUACGUUUAAAAAAAAAAUAAAAAUUAGAAGCAUUCUAAAAUAUUGCGGUGUCUUCGCUGUAGCUCACAGCACAUUCAGCAACACAGAAACUUCUCAGCGCUGCCCCGCAAUUUUAUCAAUAAAAUAGCUUAAUUGCUGAAGAGCUACAUUAUCUUUCUCAACAAGAUAGUGGAAAUCAAUUGCUUAACGAGUGUUUAAUAAUAAAGUAUUAAAUAGGGGUAGGCAGGCUAUAGGGAGGGCUUUGUUGUCCCAACAAGGCAGCAUAUAUUUAAUAAUUUUAAUAAAUAAAUUAUUUAAUAAUCAUUUAAAAUAGUUUUUCUCAUAAUUUAAUGAGUUUAUUCUCAACAUUUUAUUUUGGCUUUUUUUCUCUAAAUUUAAUGAGCUUUUUUCUCGAAAUUUAACAAGCUUUUUUUGAGAAAUGUAACUUUUUUUUCUCGUAAUUUAAUGAGUUUAUUCUCAACAUUUUCACCUUUUUUUUUUUUUAUUUAAAGACCUUUUUUUCUCAAAAUGUAACUUUUUUUCUCGUAAUUUAAAGUUUAUUCUCAAUAUUUUAUUUCAGCUUUUUUUUUUUAAUUUAAAGAGCCUUUUUUCUCGAAAUUUAACUUUUCUCGUAAUUUAAUGAGUUUAUUCUCAACAUUUUAUUUUGACAUUUUGAAAUUUUAAAUUUAUUAAGAGUUUAAUCUCAUAUUAUAAUGGCUUUAUUCUCAAGAUGGUUUAAUUUUUUUUUUAUUAUUGCUUGGCCCUAAUCCUCUUCCGUACGUAUUUUAGCUGUAAGCAAUGUUUUGUUGUCAAAACGUCUUGAUGGAUUUAUUCAUUACAAACACGCAGCUUGUGGAUUAGUAAAAUUGCUUGUGGAUUGUUGUGGUGUUAUCAUCAUCUGUUUGGACUCUCAUUCCGACGGCACCCAUUCACUACAGAGGAUCCAUUGAACAAGUGAUGUAGUGCUUAAUUUCUCCAAAUCUGCUCCAAUGAAGAAACAAACUCAUCUACAUCUUGAAUGACCUGGGGUCAUCAAACUCUCAGCAAAUUUUCAUUUUUGGGAGACACUCUGAUUGUAGAGGAGGAGAAGAACAAACCCAAACCCCAAUCACAAACCACUGUGACCAAAGGGCCCAGUCUUGACCUGUCACCGGUUCUAGAGCGCCACGUCGUCCCAGCCGACAACUCUUGUCUGUUUACCAGUGUGACCUACGUUAUGGAAGGUGGCGUUUACGACCCAGGCUGUGUGCCUGAAAUGCGCGGGCUCAUCGCACAGAUUGUAGCUAGUGACCCCACCGCGUACUCAGAGGCAGUAUUGGGCAAGACUAAUGAGGACUAUUGCUCCUGGAUCCGUCGCGAUGACACGUGGGGAGGCGCCAUAGAGGUUUCAAUCCUCUCAAAGUUCUACCAGUGUGAGAUCUGCGUCGUUGACACUCAGACUGUGCGCGUCGACCGCUUCGGCGAGGAUGCCGGUUACACUAAACGAGUGCUGCUAAUUUAUGAUGGGAUUCAUUAUGACCCACUCCAGAAGGUGAUGCCCAAUUCAGAUAUUCCCGCACAGACUCUGUUUUCCACCACAGAUGACAUAAUUUUAGCCCAAGCGCUGGAGCUCGCCGACGAGGCGCGGAGGAAACGUCAAUACACAGACGUCAACCGCUUCACUCUGCGCUGCAUGGUGUGCCAGACUGGCCUGGUGGGGCAGAAGGAAGCAAGGGAACAUGCCAAGGAGACGGGCCACACCAACUUCGGGGAGGUGUGACACUCCUCGCUCUGUUUUUGAAAUCACCCCCACCCCGCACCCCCCUUUGCCACGUCACUGCCACGCCACCUGACAUGGUACCUGCUCUUUCUCUGCUGCCUGUUCCAGCUUGGUACAGUCCUCUACCUCACAUUGUCUAGCAGCUUCAGAAGACUCUCACAUGUCGAGUUCCCCCAAGAAUUCAGUAUUCUUUUAACUUUGGUUUACUCUCGAGGUUGAAGUAUUAAAUGUGCUCGUGUUUUUGAGUCUGUUGCCAGAUGUGAUGACAAAGCCGUAUCUUCAAACCAAAUUUUAAAGGGAUUCUCCACUGACUACCUUGAUAUAUAAUGAUUACAAUACUAGUAUUAGGGUGAAUUUCGCAAAACACAUCCAGGUCAUAUUUCACUGCAGAAUCAAAGAAGUAAAAAAUCACAAUUCAAAAAAAUAACUGUAACUGUUAAUUAAUUAUUAACAGGCAUCUUAAGUUAUAUGUGUGUUUAUAGUUGUUGAUGCCUAUUUUCACAAUUCUUACCAUAAUUCUCAUUUAAUAUUAGUAAUACAGUAUGAUAUUAUAAAUUAUGAAGUAUUUAUACAUAGUAGUAUUAAAGUUAGCCUGCUUGUCAUUUAAUUGGAAAAUAAGUAACUGAAUUACAUCUAAUAAUUUAAUGAAAAUUAUGUUAAAAAUAUAUUUUUUCUUUUUUUUUCUCUGCUGUUAAAUGUGACCCAGCCAUGUUUUCGUGAGAUUCACUCAUGACCUCAUGUAAACACUUUUCUGUUGCCUGCAGCUCAAAGAUGUGUGAGUAACAGCUGUUUGACACUGCUAGCUAAACUCUUGGUAGUAUCUAACAAAUAAUGAAACUUUUAACGAGUGAUCGCAUAAGGCAUAAUUGUUCAUUUUUAACAAAGUAAUCAAAUAUUUCAGUCUUUUAACACACAAAGUGCUUCUGUGGCCAGAGUAGUAUUGAAAAAACGGUGGAGCACAGCUAAAGACAUGCCUUUCAUGAUAUCUAAUUUAAUCAUGGCAUUACUGUAUUUAUUAUAUUAUCUGUCUUUUUAAGGUCAUACGCACAGCUUCUGAACAAUCGAUGGCACUACAUGAAGUCUUAAGUUCACUGGCUCCAUUGUACCUGUUACUUGAAAUAGUCACAGAGUGUCGACUCUGAAUACUCUAUGCGUUUUUACACAUUUUCAGUAAGCUAGUUAGCGAGAAAGCGUGGAUUUUAAGUUGAAGUGGACAACAAUGGUGCUGACAGUAGAAUCUCACUGAACUACUUUGUGAAUCUGUGGAUUUUGUUCUUCUUUUAAGGGCACUUGUGUAAUUUCUACAAAUGACCACACAAGAUUGUUUUAUGCAAAAUGUGUUUAUUCUCUCUCAAGUGACCAUGACAUAUUUUUAGGAAGAGUGAUUGUUGUGACUUUCAUUUUACAUUUUAAGUGAUGGAAUGUGUCAUAUUGAACUUUUUCCUGCUUUACAGGGCCGAUAUCUGAGGUUUAGUGUAGCAAAGUAUCAUUGCGUUAGAGAAUGGAUGAACUUUAGAGAGAAAACAUCUUGUAAGGCCUGAUGAUGACGAUGUACAUUCUCAGUAUUUUUCAGUCAGGUACUAUCCACACUGUUGUUUACUUGUUUGCAGCCUUUUUAUUUUGAAGAAAUGGUGUCAUUGUAAGGCCAAAGGACUUUUUUUUUUGUUUUUUUGCAGUGAUUUUUCUAAAUGGCUGUGAUCAGUGUUACACUAAGGUAACUUUGAGUGAGAAACUGCAUGUUCAGCACUCAAAUUGCUACAAAAUCACUGGUUAUACUGGGUAAUGAUAAAUAAACUUGAAUUGAUAUA